GUCAGUGUCACUUUACUUCUCCUUACUUCAAUUUCCACGACCGUUGUUUGUUAUAAAAAUAAUUUUUACUUUAAUCUUUAAUUUCUAUUUUUCAUUUCAUUCUUUCGGACAUUUUGAAGUAAAUAAGAACAAUUUAACAAAUAUGCCCAAAGUAAAACGCAGCAGAAAACCACCUCCAGAUGGUUGGGAAUUAAUUGAACCAACAUUGGAAGAAUUAGAGCAAAAGAUGCGUGAAGCUGAGACAGAACCACAUGAAGGCAAACGUAUCAACGAAUCCUUGUGGCCAAUAUUCAAGAUUCACCAUCAAAAGUCACGAUAUAUCUAUGAUCUGUUUUAUCGUCGCAAAGCCAUUAGUCGUGAACUCUACGAGUAUUGCUUGAAGGAGAAGAUCGCAGAUCCCAAUUUAAUUGCCAAAUGGAAGAAAUCUGGCUAUGAGAAUCUUUGUUGCCUGCGAUGCAUUCAAACCAGAGACACAAAUUUCGGCACAAAUUGCAUUUGCAGAGUGCCGAAGUCGAAGUUGGAAGAGGGACGUGUUGUCGAGUGUGUGCAUUGUGGAUGUCGUGGAUGUUCUGGAUAGUUUUAUUUGAGAAAUAAAAACAAACAAAUUAAACUUCUUUUUUACAUUAAUUCUCUCAUUUAUUAAUAUGGACAGAAUAUUUAAUAAACGAAUUAGCUAAUUAAGAUUAUAUUCCUA